GAAUCAGCUGACGAUAGGGGUAGACUAUAAGCUAUGCGAUUGGGAACAGAGUGCAACGCUAACUGAAGUUGUUAGACAGGUAUUAUUACGAACAUUGCCGACACGAAACAUUUAUACUAGGGCUAGAAAAAUGGGACAAAGUAAUCAAAAAGUGUACGAUGGAAGCGUCGAUCACUUCGGUUCUAAUGGAGACCCUUGCUGUGGAGACUCUAGUAAGAGAGGCAUAUAUUAUCUCCGAGAUCCUGUUUUAUGUAAGGGAUUGAAAUUCUCUGCACAAGAGCGAGAAAAUCUUGGACUUCGGGGACUUCUUCCACCCUCAAUCCGAUGUCUAGAAUCUCAAAUGCAGGCUGUUAUAGAAAACAUAGACAGACUCGAGGACAGUCUUAGUAAAUACAUGUAUCUUCGUCAACUCCAGGACUACAAUCAAAACCUUUUCUUCAAAGUCCUGAUGGAACAUACAGACAAACUUAUGCCUAUUGUUUAUACACCCACAGUAGGACUAGUUUGCAUCAAGUAUAGCCUAAUAUUCCAGCGUCCAAGAGGAAUUUUUCUAACUAUUCAAGACGCAGGAAGAAUUUACGACGUCUUAGGUAACUGGCCGGAAAAGGAAGUGAGGGCCAUAGUUGUGACGGACGGAGAGAGGAUUCUGGGAUUAGGAGAUCUGGGAGCCAAUGGUAUGGGCAUUCCAGUGGGGAAGCUAGCCCUUUACACGGCACUGGCAGGGGUCCCCCCAAAUAAAACGCUUCCGGUGACGUUGGAUGUGGGAACCAACAAUGAGAAACUUCUGAGUGAUCCCUAUUAUAUCGGGAUGCGUCACAAGAGGAUUCGUGGUCGAGAGUAUGAUGAUUUCAUCGAAGAGUUCAUGGAAGCUGCUAUCAAAAGGUUUGGAAGGUCGUGUUUGAUUCAGUUUGAAGACUUUGGUAACGAAAACGCCUUCAGGCUCUUGAAGAAAUUCCAGGAACGUUACAGUACCUUCAAUGACGAUAUACAAGGGACAGCAUCCGUCGCUGUAGCAGGAAUUCUCGCAAGUUUGAAGAUUACAGAUUUAAAAUUGUCGCAGAACGUGUUUUUAUUCCAAGGGGCAGGAGAAGCGGCACUGGGAACUGCCGAUCUGCUGGUAAUGGCGAUGGAACAAGAAGGUGUUAGUCGUGUAGAAGCCACACGCCGGAUAUGGAUGGUUGAUUCUAAAGGUCUAAUUGUAAAGAAUCGAGAAACAGGUGGCAUAACGGAGCACAAAGCUCGUUUUACUCAGGAGCACGAGCAUCUGACCAACUUGGAAGAUAUUGUGAAAACCAUAAAACCGACUGUUUUAAUAGGUGCAUCUGCCCAAAAAGGUGUGUUUUCUGAAAGCAUUCUUCGUACCAUGGCAGAGAACAAUGAGCGACCUGUAAUAUUUGCUCUCAGUAAUCCCACUGACAAGGCCGAGUGUACGGCAGAACAAGCUUAUACGUUCACUGAGGGUAGGUGUGUGUUUGCCAGUGGAAGUCCGUUUGACCCAGUCACAAUUGAAGAUCAAACGUUCUACCCCGGACAAGGCAAUAAUGCGUAUAUCUUUCCCGGGGUGGCGCUAGCAGUCAUUGAGUGUGGUGUUCACACAAUCGCAGACCAAGUAUUUUUGGUAGCUGCAAAGGCUCUAGCAAAUCAGGUAAAACAGGAGGACCUUGAGGAAGGCCGUCUCUAUCCACCUUUAAAGAAUAUCCGUGAUGUUUCUGUUCAAAUUGCUGCUAAGGUAGCGCAGUUUCUCUACGUAGAAGGGAUGGCUACACGUAGGCCUGAACCUGACGACAAAGUUGCCUUUUUACGAAGUAAACAGUACACUGCCGAUUACGAAAUGGCCACGUCCCACAGGCACCCUGUCACCAGCAAGGGCUUGCAUCACUAGACAACCAUUUUUCGUUACCUUAGUUACUAAAAGUAUGGCAGGGAUUACUUUUGAUGAAAUCAAUUGGAUGGGUGUUUUUAUGUACCAGAACAAUAGAUUGGGAGGUAUUAUUUAUUAGGCAUAAUAUAAGAAAAUUAGAUUUAACGGGCUAAGAUUUUGAUUGACUAGUUUGCAAUUAACUUACACAAGGGGGAAGUGAUAUAACUGGUACUAGUUAGUAAGUCGAGAAAGUACACAGAUAAAAUUUUAUUUAAGCUUGUUAGUAGCAGGUUAGGACAAUUAUGAUGUUAACAUAGAUUUGAUCAUGAAUCACUAUUAUCUAGAUAUUAUAAGCUAUGAUAUCUAUGUAACAAUGAGCUAGCGGUUAAAAAACUGUAUGUGUUUAUGGCAGUGUUUAACGUAUUGUUCAAGAGUUUGUCCGUAAUACACUAAUAUUAUAUAUUCUUUGCUGUGAGUCACAUAUCUUAAUUAUCAUUGAUGUAUUAUGGUGAUAUAUAUGCGUUAUUGUUAAAUUUUCUGCUGUUUUAUUUUGAAAUUUUAAAUAUGUUUGUGUCAAGAAAUUUCGUCUGUUAUAUUUCAACACCGUCUGAUUGCUAUACAAUGUGUUAUAUCGUCGUAGCAUGCAAGGAAUUUUAUUUACAUUUUUUUUCAUGUAUAUCAAAUGGAUUAAAAUAAAAAUCAUGCCAGUCUCAA